AUGGACGAGUACUUGCCAGGUUCCCAAGCAAGGCGGGUGGCUAAGGGUAUGUUUUGGGCCUGGCAUCAAGAGGCAUGGGCGAAGACUGCCACCGAUAGGCAGAUCAGGUCCGCAUGGGCAAAGGCGGGUCUCUGGCCUCUCAGCGCUGGAAUCAUCCUCGGCAAAGUCAAUGAUCCUCUUACUCAUCCCCCCCAGGCCUCCCAACCUGCACCACCCUCCCCUAGAACCCCUCUCGGUCCCCGAAGGAUCAACACUGCACUUCGAAACGGGGAGCUGGACCCAGUUGUGGCUGUUGCGCACGCCAAGACGGCCGCAGAGGUGGCAAAGUCAGAGAGCGUGCUUCUGAGAAAGGAGUUGGAGGAAGCUAGAGCGGCAAUGGGGCUAGACAAGGCCACCAGGGGAGGUGGAAAGGCAGUUCAGAAUCCGGGGGGGGGGGGGGGGGAUGACAACCGUGAAGCACUGGAGAAGAGGGAAGAGAAAGAAGAGGAGAACAGGGGGUUUUGGGCAAAGCGAGCUCCUCAUCGACCCGCCGGGGCGCAGUCAAACGAGCAGCAAGCAUGCCUAUAG